AUGGACGGCGAGCGACGACCCACAAGCACAACCGGUGUACCCUGCAAGGACAACGAGGUGGACACUGAGGUCGACAACGCACCCGAGCUGGCAGAGAUAGAGACAGCCACCGGAGCGAGAGCUAACGGCGAAGCAGCCACCGAUGACAAAGUCGACGACGGCGAAGCAGACGAAGCAGACGAGACAAACGAAGCAGACGACGACGACGAAGCCGUUGCUGUUGCUGUUGCUGUUGCUGUUGCUGUUGCUGUUGCUGUUGCUGUUGCGGUUGUGGUUGUGGUUGCUGCUGUUGCUGCUGCUGCUGCUGCCACCCCUGGUGUUGUUGCUGUUGUUGCUCACGCGUUUGCCUCGCUCAUCUCAGGCGGAGUAGCAACCACCCUCGUCGCCCCGCUCACCCUUGUCAAGACUGUCCUCCAGGCCGGUGAGCACGCCCGGCCGCUCUCCGCCGCCUCCAUCGCCGCCGCCAAGGCGCUGCCGGAAGACGCCGCAGCUGCCGCCAUCGACGCCUCGCGCUUUGCCCCGACUCGUGUCCGCGACAUCAUUGCGGCUGUCAUGCAGUCUUCGUCAUCGAGCUCAUCAUCAUCAUCAGCAGCAGCGGCAUCACCAUCGUCGUCGUCGUCGUCGUCGUCGUCGUCGCUAUCGCUACGCAAGGUCUUGCGGCUCUGGCGUGGGCACUCGGCCACCCUUGUCCGGCUGGUCCCGCUGGUGGGGCUGCAGACAGGGCUGGGCUCGUACGCGCUGGCGCGGACGGCAGAUCCUAUCUCGGGCCACGUCAACGGCGAUGAUCAGUGGUUGGCGGCCGCGGGCGCCGCCUUUGCCGCCCGCUGCGUCGCCCAUCCCGUCGACAUGUUCCGCACCCGGAUGAUGGUCGACCCGGUCCGCCACCCCACCCUCCUCUCCGCCCGCCGGGCCGUCAAGAUUGAGGGCGGCCGCUCGACACUCAAUGGCGUCACCACCCUGCUGGUCGACACUCUGCCGUACGCUGCCAUUGCUGCCUACGUCUACGCUGCCAUCAUCGACGCCUUUGACCUCCCCUCGUACGCCACCCUCGGCAUCCACCAUACCAUUGCCGCCUCGUCCGCCGCCACUUUUGCGGCGCAGACAGCCAUGUAUCCCAUUGAGACCAUGCGCCGCAGAUUGCAGGCCCAGGAGAUUCGGCCCAUGCCCGACAUUGCCCUCGACCCGCUCGAGCAGCCCAAGGCCAAGCCAGCAUCGGCCGCCGCCACCACCGGCGCUGUCGAUGCCUCGGCCUCGGCCGCCUCCACCGUCGAGUCUGCCGCGCUUGCGCCCAAGGCCCGCGGCGCUGCCGUCGAGAUCGAGGGCGUCUUUGCCGGCAUUCCGCAGCUCGGCCUCCGUGCCAUCUUCCGCGGUAUUCUCGUCUCCUCGCUCCGGGUCAUCCCGGUCGUCACUGCCGGCGCGCUUACCUACGAGGCCAUCAAGAACGGCUUCCUCUACCACAACGGCUACACCUCGAGUCCGUUUGCCGACACUCCACUGCCCGACGUCGACCAGACCAAGCCGGCCGGCCGCGCCAUCCUGCACCCCCCGUCGCCGUAA